AACCUACAGAGAAUAAUAAACAGUGCAGAGGAGCAGAGGUGUUUCUGGUAUAAUGUCCCGCAUCCUGAACAGUAUAGUGGCGGUGUGUCCUGACCUGGGCAUCGGUAUGAAUGGAAACCUGCCGUGGCAUCCGGUUAGACUCAAUAAUGAAUUCAAACAUUUCCGAAAGAUGACAGCAACAGCAUCUGUGGAAGGAAAGCAGAAUGUGGUAAUCAUGGGCAGGAAGACGUGGUUUUCCAUCCCAGAGAAGAACAGACCUUUGAACAACAGGAUCAACAUCGUCCUCAGCAGGGAGCUCAAAGUGCCCCCUGCAGGAGCUCACUACCUGGCUGCAGAUUUCAGCUCAGCUCUCAGGCUGCUGGACAGUGAGCUGGCAGACCGGGCUGACCAGGUCUGGGUGAUAGGAGGCAGCUCUCUAUACAAGGAGCUGAUGGAGAGCCCGGGGACGAGGAGAUUGUUCGUCACACAAAUCCUGAAGCAGUUCGAGUGUGACACAUUCCUUCCUAAAAUCAGCGUGGACAAAUAUCGUCUACUGCCUGAGUUUCCAGGAGUCCCAAAAGAGCUGCAGGAGGAGAACGGAAUCCAGUACAGAUUUGAAGUGUAUGAGAGCAUCAAGCAGUGAAUUGGAGCAGAAAGUGAAAUAGUUGUGAUUUUGUAAAUGGACGCCAGAACAAUGUAAAUACAGGACUGUAAGUGAUUUUUAAAAACAGUUACUUGUACAGUGUGAAGCUGAAAUAACAAGUUGUAUGUUUUUUUUUUUUCCCAGAGUUGAAAUAAACAAUGAUUUCAGACACAAAGAUGCGCACAGUAUUCUCAAUGUAGUCAUUCCUUCUGUUCAUACUGAAUAUUAAAAGAU